AUGGAAGAACGGCGAAUUGACGAUAUUCGACGUCUUAAGGACAAGUUGACAAACCUGCCCAGGGAGCCUCCUCUGGCACCACGACAACCAGCGCAACCUGCAACUGUAGAGACAGCUUCCCCACCGGCAGUGGAUCCUGUAGGGAAAGCCUUUGAUGGCCAGAAUCGAAGUCUCUACCGUCAGUUUCGAAGCAAGCUGCGUGCUAAACUUGAAGUCGACAAGGAAGCCUUAGGUAACGCAUAUGAUCGUGUGUGGUACGCCUUCGGCCGUCUAAUGGGCGAGGCCGCCAUGCAAGUGCUGCCCUGGAUGGAGCGAUUUGCUGAAAAAGAGGCUACAGAAAACAAACUGGACGGGAUGCUCGACCAAAUGGACUUCAUCUUUCUGGAUAGCCGUGCGAGAUCUUGCAAGCUUGAAACAGAACAACGAGCCCUUCACCACCUUCCUGACUGAGUUCAGCCGUCUACUCAUGGAAGCAGACGGUCAUGACUGGCCUGAGAGCACUAAGAGAUCUUAUCUAGACAAUGCAUUAAACCGGGAGAUAAACACACGCCUUGAAACGGUUGAAAAAAAAUAUGGAUUUGAGAAUUAUUGUCGACAGCUGCAGCUCAUUGC